AACUACCUGAGUAUUCGCCAUUCUAGUUUUCAAAAUGUAUAACCAAAGAGGUGAAUUUAUGGGACUAUAUAUUAACAAUACUAUUUUCAGUGCAUUUUUCUUGACUUUAUCCUUCAAGUCUUUUUGAUCCUUGAACAGAAUGGGAUUCUCAGGCUUCAGCUUUCUUUAUUCUUCGCCUCUUGUUGAUUCUGUUUUGUUAGUUUUUUGCUAAAGCUGCUUACUAGUAACUACCAAAAAUACCGGAUGGGCCUGCUGCUUUCUUUUCCUCUUACAAAUAAUCAUCUUCAUCUGUCCUAUACAUUUUUCAAAACUAGAAGGUACACACCAUGUUUGCAGCACAGUUGUAAAUUUACCAGGCUGGUGCUGAUAACCACUUCUAGUGGUUUAGGAAGGCUGAGAUCUCUCGGGUGGAAUAGAAAAAUGAUGACAAAUAUGUAGUGGUCUUUCAUGAGGUGACUUGACUAGAAGAACUGACGGUGCUGUAGGGUGUGUUGUAAUCUUUUAAGGAUUUGAGUAAGCCUUGUUUUCACGAUACCCCAGGGUUGUUUCAGAGGGUGUAUGAGGCAUUCCUUUGCCUUACAGACUGUUGCAUUUUUUGUGUUCUACGAGAAUAUAAUCUCUGGGUUUUGCUGGGAAUAAGUAAAGCAGAAUCUGAGGAAGACUUUGCAACAAAAUUCAAGUAUGGUGUUUUCUAAGUGUGGGCUGGUUUCUGUGGAGAAGGGUCAGUAUUCAGACUGAAGUCCAAUGCUAAUGUUUAAGUAGCAUCAGAGAUCCUGGAACUUUGCUUUAUUAUAGAAAAUAUAGUAAUGGAUUUUCUCUUGCCUUUUCUUUGGCCCUUAUUCCUUUUGUUUCAUGCACUCAAUUAAUAUAAUUUAUUAUAUGACUGAUAUUGGAACACAGCUCCAGAAGACAGAGACAUUAUUUUGUUUUGGAGAGGAUGAGUGCCUUAGUUCACUGCCAGACACGUCUGUCAGUGUUUGUGGUGGUACCGCUGGACAAUCCUAAAUCCAUGUUGGCAGUCUUUAGCAAUACGUUUCUUAAACAACCAGCACUGGCAACAGCGAAGAAAACCAAACUCUUUAUAUGUCUGUGAAGGGCAAACCUAGUUUCAGAUCCUCUCUUCAGGAAUUGCUUGUAGUUCCAAGUUCUAAUGUUGCCCCUGGCUUGGGCUUGUCAUUUUCAGAAUAAUUUAGAUAUGCAUGUUGAUUUUUAAAGAACUUUGGAAAAUGGCCACUUGAAUUGGUCACUUCAGGCUGCCUAUUGAAGGGAUUAUCUGGAAGAUACUCUCUUCUUGGUGCGUUCUUGGAUUGCCACUUUGCCUGCGCAUUUGGGUCAGGGGUUUUGUUUGAUUUUUGUUUGUUUAUUGUUAGGUUUUUUUGGCUGUUUUUAUUUUUUGGGGGUUUGGUGGUGGUGGUGUUUGUCAUGGCGUUUUUUUGGUUUUGUUUGUUUUCCUUGGUUCGGUUUUUGUUUUUUCCUUUCCCUCCUCAGAUUUUCAAAUUUUGUCCCGGCUGUACUCCUUCAUCUUCAUGGUCCUCUUCCUUUUGUCUCGGUCUCUGUGGUUAGGAAUGGUAGGAAUUCCAACAAGGCAUAGCUCUGAUGUGCCCUUUUUCCCUGUUGCUUUCUGCAGUGCUUUGCCCUCCUUUGCCAUAAAAGCCCUUUAGCUCGGGUUGAAGAGUGGUUGCCCUGGGUUCCUACUUGGGCUAAGUCAGUGUGAAGAAGAAAGUCUCGGCUUCCUUUUUCCCCUGCUCAGGGAGCAGUGAGUAAGCAGGAGUUGAGACAAUGAGGGAGAAGAAAGAGACAGUCACAAGAGACAGUGUUUCUUAUAUCUAUGCUGUUAUCUCACAGGAUAUUACUUCUGAAUUACUGAAAAGAAAGGUCCAUUUUGAGGACAGGUUUUGUUUAAACUAUAAUGUUCUUGUAGAGAAGUGCUGACCCUUCAGGGCAACAAGAGGUAAAAGAGUAUUCCAAUUCAUCCAUCUUACUUAUUGUGCUAUUUUUCUCCCUAAUAAGUACACCUUCGGCUCUGAUACCCUUUUUUCCUGCUUGCAAAUCACGUGGGUAUAAGCUUGCUUUUUGUGUUUAUUUGUUUGUUACUGCGCACCAUGUAAUGCAGGAAUGGUCUUGCAUGGAGUGUGUUACGGGUCACUAGAAGUGCACAUUUCAGGAAGGAGGAGGAGACCGUGUCUCUGGAACUUUGAAAUUACGCUGGAAUUCAUUAAGGGAGAAUGGCCUCUAAAAUGCAUAGGGAAAGUGACAAGUGCAUAUAGUUCCCUUCACUUUGGUAUACCUUACUCCCAGUUCCGUUGCCCAGUGUUAGUAUUUGGGUGUUAUGCCAUUUGCCCAGCAGGUUAAGUCCUUGAUUUCCAUUAGUUUCAAUAGUCAGCGUGUGCACUGUGCAUCAAAGAUACGUGGCAGAGACCCAGCCUGCAAUUCUUACUGCUCCUUGGCAGGAGUUUAUUCAAUCUGUUCCUCUUGGCUGGGACUCUUAUCCUGGCUUGUGGUCUUAUUUACAGUGUGAUGGCAGAGUUAUUUCCACUCCAAAGCUCUGUAGUGAUACUGUCUAAAUGCUUCAGGAUGAGAUACAGCUGGAGAUCUGUGGAGAACUGAACCAAAAUUCUGCAAGAGCUAUCUGUUAUUUUCAGACUUUUUUUAAAAAAAGUAAUGGGGUUGAAACUUGUCUCUCCUGGAGAGGUACUAUUUGGUCUUCUGAGCCAUCAUGUGAAUACCCUACUCCUGGACCUCAAAUAGCUACUGAAGAUGUCUGACUUGUAUUACUUCAAAUUAUCUGGACAUUUGCUGUUUAACUGCUGAAGCUUUCCUACCACUUGUUUCUCUCAUGAAGCCUUAAUCUAUUGAGGGAUCAGAAUUGCCUGCUAUGGAAUCAAGACCAACUACAACAUGAGAAGAUGUAUUCAAGAUGAUCCAGCCAGGAAGAUUUUUCACUUCAUAGAAAUCUUAUUUUUGUUUAAUAUGUAAUAUAAUUUGACAAAGCCAAGUUCAAUUACUUAUAUUAAAAUUAAAGCACACCUCUUGCCUUCAUCAGAAAUGUUUCUAACGUUUUCAAGAAAAAAUAUGUCCCAGAAACUGAGCAUGUUUUUACUAGUUUUUGGCAUCAUUUGGGGUUUGAUGUUGCUACGCUACACUUUUCAGUAUCCAAGACGCCAAAGCAGUGCUGAGUUGCGUGGACAGAUAUUAGAUCUAAGUAAAAGAUAUGUCAAAGCACUGGCAGAAGAAAAUAAGAAUUUAAUGAAUGGUGGAGGUGCAGCAUCUAUGGCAGGAUAUGCUGAUCUUAAGAGGACAAUUGCUGUUCUUCUGGAUGACAUCUUACAACGCCUGGUGAAAUUGGAAAACAAAGUUGAUUACAUCGUUGUGAAUGGCUCAGCAACAAAUGCCACUAAUGGAACUAGCAAUCAGGUGCCAGUAACUUCAAAUAAACGUGUAAAAUCAGCAAGCAACACUAGAUAGCAAACAGGGCCACUUUGCCUUGCUGCAUCUAUGAUGGGUAAUAUUUAAAACAAGCUUUUUAUCUCUGGCUAGGGCAAAGCAGUAGCUGACUGUAAAAGAAGCGUAAACUAUUAUACUGUAUGCUGGCUCUAUGUAGGCCUAACUUAUGUGCAUAGGUUCUCAAAGCAUUAUUUCAUUGCCUUUGAACAGUACUUCUGAAGUGAUCUUUGUUGUCUUUAAAGAUAUUUUGAUAUCAUGAUUUGAUGUAGUAUGCCAUUGGAUAAUAACAAUAUACAGAAAGCAAUGAGGAACUUAUAGGUAGGUUUCUAAAUAUAUUUAAGUAUAAAUACAACAUAUCAUUUGGAUAGGUGAGCAGUAUUGUAGCUUAUUCAUUUUUUGUGAUCUGCAUUAAGCCAAUGUAACUGAGGAUAACACAUUGUUAAAUAGAUGUUAGAAAAUGUGUAUACUUAUAAUAUUUUGUUACUCCUUUACUAAAACAAUAUUGAGGAUAGCAUUGGCAGUAAUAUUUUAAAAUUGUGACCCAAAGAAUGUCUUUAUUUGCACUAUCUGGCAGAAUAGCUAGAGAGAAUUUACUGUAUAUUUAAGAAAAUUAAUUAUAAUAGGAAGAUAUCCUAGGUAGUAACACUGUCCAGGUAUAUCUUUACGCUGGAGUUAGGGCAGUUAGAUUAUCAAAAGCAAAUCAUAAUCUGUGAUAUCUUAGAAGAUUAUUUCUUACAAAGAUAUUUAAGUGUAUGUAUUUUGUAAUUGCAGAUAAAAUUAUUUAAGUGAUGGAAAUAUGUUUUGGAUAUGUGAAUACUGUUUAUUUUUAUUCAUUGCGGUUUCUUUUUAACUUUUUAGUACCUUGCAAUUUGUGAUGAGCAUAGCACACCAUCUCCCUGAUUUCCUUUUUUGAUUAGGAGGAAAAGCAAUUAAGGGAAACAAGGCAUCUCUGCAUUUAACAGAGAUACAUGUACUAAGGGUAUCUUACCAUGGAAUAUGUGAGAGCUAAGGUAAUGUUUGCCUUAUGUGUAAGUUAGCCUUACAGCAAAGUAAACUGCAGUGUGGGUGCACUGUAUUUCAAAAUGUUACGGAAGUCAUAUUAAAGAGAAAGUGCCACAGA